AUGAUACCCCCCUGUGAUCCAGCAAUUCUUGAAAACAAUCCGCAAUUCAAAAGAGUUUACCAAAAUUUGACAACAAAUUUGCUCAAACCAGAUGCAUCAACGCGUGCCAACGAUGCGCAGCCUGCCAGAAAGGCCGUCUUAGAAGAAUUAAAAAUCUGUCGCACUCGCCAUGCGAAAAAGCAAAUAAAAAAACAAACACUGCGAGAGCUAGCCUUUGAUCCAGGCAAUAAUUUACCGGACGAUUUCCGAGACACAAUUAUGAUCAUCAGCUUUUACUUGGACUCGUCACCCAGUCAGCUCGACCUAGACGAUGACGACCUCGAUGGAGCCGACACGCUAUCACUCCUGGCUCCAGACAUCGAUAAAUUCUACUCGGGCCUUCCUACGUUAACCAUACCCUUUUCAAAUGCGAUUUCCUCUUCUUUGGAUAACCUUCGAUUGAUCGCUCAUGCAGGCGACGUUUCGGACCCUCCAUCUACGGAGCCCCCGCGAACCCGGCUUAGGGCCCGUCGAGCCCCUGUUACCCUUUCCUCACGGCUCGAAGAUCGACUGCGCCAAUUACGUCAGAAACAGCUCUCCGAGCUUCCCGCAACUCGUACGCGAAUGGCAACGACGGCGGCGGAAGUUUUGGCGACACGGGCCGCGGUGCUGGAGCGUACGGUGACGUUACUGGAACGCGCCAAACACGGAGCUCUUGCUAGAGCAACUAAAGCGAAGGCGGAGCAUCUCGCUAUAGUUGCCCAGAGUGUGGAGGGGAAACUAAAUAUGACGAAACUGGAUAUUUCGGCCACAAUAAACACACCCGAAACUAUUAAUGCGCUCAGCCGAUACCGUCGGCACCUCCGAGACACUCGAGAGCGGCUGGAGGAGAGGCAAACCUCAACUUUGGAGAAACUCAAGGCGUACGAGGGGAUCGACCCAGGAGCUACAGAGAGAGAUGGGAGGAGAAGCCAAUCAGAAUCUGGUCCAAUGAAGGAGAUUACCCGACAAUACGGGGAUUUAAUCCAGGAAAUUGAAGACGUAAGAUUGGAGAUUGAAAAAUUAUGA